CAACGGUGUAAAGGUCUUUGACAUCAGAGCUGGGGUGGGACGGUGUGUAAAGGUUUUUGACAUUCAGAGUUGGAGAGAGAUAGAUCAUUUUAAGCUGUUGUGUAGAAGAAAGGAAGAGAGCUAUGGCGCUACUCCACUGGAUUAAGGCGUCUCUCCCGGGGCUUCCCAUCGACAACAAGGAUGAUCCAAACUACAACGACUUUGCUGCCACCAGGCAGCCUUUGGAAUCCAUCCCAGCAAUUCCUCACUUUGUACAAGGUGUUGCGUCCAAGGACAUUGUGAUUGAUGAGAUUUCAGGCCUCUCGGCACGGAUUUUCCUCCCGGAAUGCGAGCACGAUUCGAAGCUGCCAGUGUUCGUCUACUUCCACGGUGGUGGAUUCCUGGUUUUCACCCCAAAGUUUCACUUUUUCCACUAUUUCUGUGAAUCCAUGUCGAGAAAUCUCAAAGCCCUGGUGGUCUCUGUGGAUUACAGGCUCGCUCCCGAGCACCGGCUGCCGGCAGCGUACCAAGACGCCGCUAGAACCCUGCAAUGGCUCCAAGAACCACAGUGCUUGGGCGAGGAUUGGAUUCGCUCCCAUGGCGAUUUAUCCCGUGUUUUCAUCUCGGGCGAUAGCGCUGGGGGAAACAUCGCCCAACACUCGGCACUGGAUUGGUUCUUCCGCCAGGAGCUCAAGAACGUCGAGGAAACGAAAAAUCCCACGAUCAAAGUCGUGGGAGUCGUCCUCGUCCAGCCUUUCUACGGCGGCAUGGACCGCAAGGACUCGGAGGUGGAGUUUGCCAAUGGCGAGAUCCUCACCAUGGAGAGCUCGGAUCUCUGCUGGAAGCUCGCGCUCCCAAUUGGGGCCGAUCGCGAUCAUCCCUAUUGCAACCAGCCCAAGUUCCUGGAGGAACAUCGAGUUCCGGGAGAGAUGGCGCCAAUUUUCAUGGCGAUUGGGCGCAAGGAUUGUUUGUACGUGAGGCAAGUAGAGGUCGCACGACGUCUACAGGGGGCAAACAAGCACGUCCAGGUCGUGGAAUACGAUGAUGCCGGCCAUGCGUUCUACUUGGGGCCUCCAUCUCCGGCGUUGGAUCGGUUCUUCGAUGACUUAUUUGGGUUUGUGACAAUGUGUUGCAAGUGAAUUUGUAACAGACUUUCUAUAUUUUAAAUAAACAAUCCAUGGAACUUUCUCGA